GUUCUUUUUGCGUAUUUAUUCUAUACACGCGUUUGUUGUUAAACAAAUUGUUUUCCUUGUAACCAUUUUCUUUAAAUUCAAAUAUUUUUGUGAAAACGAUUAUAAAUAAAAAAAAUGUCAACAUUACAAUGUACCUAUUGUUCUCUGGACAUAACAGAUGAACGCUUUUUACAUUGUGGAAAUUGUGGCGGUGAUGUGCACAUCAAGUGUCUUAGACAUGCCAGCACUCCCGGUGAUUUGUUGGGUGAUGUAUUUUUCGAUUUCACAUGUGCCAAAUGUAUGCAACUACAAUUUGAUACACCAUCGACGUCAAAAGCUAUACAUGUUAAUGGUAAUAGCGAUAUAGAUAAUGUCCGGGAGAAAUUUGUGCGUCAACGUAUGCCAUGGCUACUGGUAAUAGCAAUGACUUUGUAUAAUCUUUCUAUAAAAUCAAAAGGAUUAAGUCGUCACGGAUAUUUUCAUUGGAGAACACAUAUCGUUAGUUUUAUUGAUAAGAAUUGGGAUUAUCUAUUUGACCCAACAAUAAAACGUCGAAAAAAAUGGACUGGCUCAAUUUCAGGUGCUUUAUCACAUAAUAGUCCGAAGUAUUUUACAUCUGGUCAGGAGUUAUUUGAUGAAACAGGAUGGUGGAGACUUACUCAUACCAAUAAGACACCAAAACAUAUUUUCAAUUUGUACGAACAAGAGUGUUUAAAGCGCCAACAACUGCGUCAGGAUAAACGACAACAGGAUGAAAAUUAUGCCAGUGACACAUCUACAAAUGAUCAUGAUACUAAACGUCUCAAACGAAAUGAUUCCGAUGAUGACUUGGUACCCACCGAUUCAUGCAGUCGUACUAUUCCUUAUAUGGGUCGUAAACCCAAAAUUGCAAAACCACUUAAUGUAUUAGAUGAUGACUUAUUAAAUAAGCACAACAACACCACUGCACUGGUGCCACUCGAUGAUCCUGUUAUGACACUAAAUACAGUUCAAUCCAGUUUAAUGGAUUUCUUAGCUGAAAGUUUAGCAAGUGAUGAUUUGAAUAUGUUUAAUACAUUGCCGAACAUAGCACCGGAGGAGCCCUUGGUCGAUAGUGCUGGUAAACACGAUAUCUUACCACUACUGGAAGCCCAUAAUGAUAAUGCAAACUUUUUUGAUAAUUCAUCCAUAAUAAAAGCCGAACCAAUGGAUUUGAAUGGUCACUUGUAUAGUGACUAUAAUACACAAGUAUUGUUGAAUGAAAAACUGAAAAGCUUUUUUACAAAUUCGACAUUUCCUUUAGAUCAACAAAAUAUCAAUAAUUUUAUAAAUCAAGGAGCUGGUAUAGGUAAAAAUAUACAAGAUAAUAUGGAUCAACUUCAAACUGAAAAUUCCCUACACACCAAUUCGGAAUUUUCCAAUGAACUAGAUGAGGAGACUACUACAACAUCUGUCAUUGCGAAUCCUGUAACACCGAAAGAGGAGCAAGAACAACCAGAAAGUGAGGUCGAGGAAGAAUCAGACUCUGAAGAAUUUCAGCCACGCAUUGUUCAAGUUACAAACUUUCAACAAUUAACAAGCGAAAAUCAAUCCUGUUCAUCCUUAGGAGGUACAAGUCCAAUUAAAAGUGGCAAGUUAAUCAAACAGGAACUAACAUCAGACACAGAAUUUAGAGAAAGUCUUAAUAAUCAAACAAAUAUAGGCGAAGAAUUGGAUGAAGAUUCUUCGGAUGAGGAUAAUGUUAGUACAACGUUAAGUGCUUGUAAACCAAGUUUAUUUACGAAACAACCAAAACGACAAUGGCCCUGGUUAAUAGAUAAUCGUAUGGACGAUAUGGAUGAUGAUGAACUAGAAGAUAAAACAGAAUCCUCAGAUAAUACACAACUAACUCUAAUGAGUGAAUAUGAAGAGAAGGAGUUGUUACAGAAAUUGCGUAAAAUUUUUAAUUUAGAAGAGAAAUGUAAAAUUCAUAUACCACCAUUUAUUAGAAGGUUUUAUCGAAAAUUGUGCAUACGCGAAUGGAAGCGGGAACAUGGUAAACCUAUAUUUAAUCUAGAUGAUUAUGUGGGUGAUAACAAACGUCGUCUAAGAACACAAUCUAAUGAAAAAACCAAAAUUAUAGAACGUUAUCAACUUAUUUCUUUAUCUUCAUCCGAUACUAAAAAAUCAUUUUAUGCUCGCAUUGCCGGUUCAUCACAAUAUGAGUUAUUUGAAUCUCCUUACACGCAACGUAUUUUACACCCGUUCAUUUAUCGUGAUAGAAAAUGUUGUCCUCCAUUUCUUAAGCUUAUGUGCGAACUACAAUACAAAGUUAAUGGAGUACCGCCGAGUCGAGCAACCAUAGAUUUUUGUUAUGUACGCCCCAAUCACAUAGCAGCAGUUAAUGCUCUUUUACAAACCGUAUUUUGGCCAGGAAUUGAUAUGUCCGAGUGCUUAAGUUAUCCCGAUUUCAGUGUAGUAGCUUUGUAUAAAAAAUUAGUUAUAGGAUGCGGAUUUCUGGUACCUGAUGUAGGUUUUAACGAAGCAUACAUAUCGUUCAUGGCGGUACGGCCGGGUUGGCAAAGAAGUGGCAUAGCGACCUUUAUGUUGUAUCAUUUAAUACAGACAUGUAUGACGAAAGAUAUAACCCUACAUGUAUCGGCCACAAAUCCUGCUGUUGUUUUGUAUCAAAAAUUCGGUUUUAAAAUUGAAGAAGUUAUAUUGAAUUUUUAUGAAAAAUAUUUACCAUUUGAUUCGAAACACAGUAGACAUGCUUUCUUUUUAAGAUUAAUGAGAUGAAAGUUUCAAAAUAAAUAUAGUUUUUGUUAUAAUAUA